AUGGAUCCAGGUGGUGGAAGUCUUGGCUUGCAAACACAAGAAUCCAAAAUGCCUCACACUAUGAUUAUGCAGGAUUUCGUGGCUGGAAUGGCUGGCACUGCUCAUAUUGAUGGAGACCACAUUGUUGUAUCAGUCCCCGAAGCUGUCCUAGUUUCUGAUGUUGUCACUGAUGAUGGAAUAACUCUUGAUCAUGGCUUAGCAGCUGAAGUUGUCCAAGGACCUGACAUCAUCACUGAGACGGAUGUUGUCACCGAAGGUGUGAUUGUUCCCGAUUCUGUUCUGGAAACUGAUGUUGCUAUUGAAGAAGCUUUAGAUACCACUGAUCAUGUUUUGACUUCUGACCUGAUAACAGAGACCGUUAGAGUUCCUGACCAGGUUUUUGUGGCUGACCUUGUUACGGGUCCUGAGGGACAGCUGGAGCAUGUGGUCCAAGACUCUGUGUCAGGAGCCAACUCGCCUACAAUGGUUUCAGAAGAAGUUCUUGUAACAAACUCAGAUUCUGAAGCAGUCAUUCAAGCAGCUGGUACUGUUCCUGGCUCCACAGUGACUAUAAAAACAGAAGAUGAUGAUGAUGGCAAGAGUACAUCUGAAGACUACUUAAUGAUAUCUUUGGAUGAUGUUGGAGAAAAACUGGACCACAUAGGAAGCACUCCCUUGAAAAUCAGUACCGAGGUGGCAAAUGAUGAUGUUGCUAAAGAUGAUGGGUUUGGUUCAGAAGUUAUCAAAGUGUACAUAUUUAAAGCUGAAGCUGAAGAUGAUGUGGAAAUAGGUGGGACAGAAAUUGUCACAGAGAGUGACUUCCACAAUGGACAUUCUGUAGCUGGAGUAAUUGAACAAGGAGGUGUUGGUAGAAUGCAGCGAGAAAAGAUGGUUUACAUGGCUGUUAAGGACUCUUCUCAGGAAGAUGAAGAUAUUAGAGAUGAAAGACGACUCCCCAGAAGAUACGAAGAUGGUCAAGCGGCAGGAAAUAACUUGGAUACACGAUUAGAAAACAAAAACGGUAAUGCAACACAGUACCUGCAGAUUUGUGAUAGCGUUAGCACUAAUAGAGUGCUCAAACAAAAAACCAAGAAAAGGAGGAGAGGAGAGGCCAGGCAAUGGCAAACAGCUGUUAUAAUAGGUCCUGAUGGACAGCCCUUAACAGUUUACCCUUGUCAUAUUUGUGGGAAAAAAUUUAAAUCCAGAGGAUUCUUGAAAAGGCAUAUGAAGAACCAUCCAGAUCAUAUGAUCAAGAAGAAAUACCAGUGCACAGACUGUGACUUCACAACGAACAAAAAAGUAAGUUUCCACAAUCACCUGGAGAGCCAUAAACUUAUAAACAAAGUUGAUAAAACCCAUGAGUUUACAGAGUACACGAGAAGAUACAGAGAAGCGAGCCCAUUGAGCUCCAAUAAACUAAUCCUGAGGGACAAGGAGCCCAAGCUGCACAAGUGCAAAUAUUGUGACUAUGAAACUGCAGAGCAGGGUCUCCUCAACAGGCACCUGCUGGCAGUUCACAGCAAGAACUUCCCUCACGUGUGCGUGGAGUGCGGGAAGGGGUUCCGGCACCCGUCGGAGCUGAAGAAGCAUAUGAGGACCCACACUGGGGAGAAGCCAUACCAGUGCCAGCACUGUGUCUUCAGGUGUGCUGAUCAGUCCAACCUGAAAACUCACAUCAAAACCAAACACGGGACUGAUCUGCCCUUUAAAUGUGAGCACUGUCCCCAGGCGUUCGCAGAGGAGAAGGAACUGCAGCAGCACAUGGAAUUGUUUCAAGGGCAUAAGACUCAUCAGUGUCCACAUUGUGACCACAAGAGCACCAAUUCGAGCGACCUGAAGCGACACAUCAUUUCAGUUCACACAAAGGACUUUCCCCACAAAUGUGAGGUGUGUGAGAAAGGCUUCCACCGCCCCUCGGAGCUCAAGAAGCAUAGUGAAACCCAUAAAGGUAAAAAGAUCCAUCAGUGUAGACACUGUGACUUCAAAACCUCAGAUCCUUUUGUACUCAGUGGGCACAUCCUCUCGGUUCACACCAAGGACCUGCCUUUUAAAUGCAAAAGAUGUAAAAGAGGAUUUAGGCAGCAAAAUGAACUGAAGAAGCACAUGAAGACCCACAGUGGAAGGAAGGUCUAUCAGUGCCAGUAUUGUGAAUAUAGCACUACGGAUGCCUCGGGCUUUAAACGGCACGUGAUAUCCAUCCACACAAAAGACUAUCCCCACAGGUGUGAGUAUUGCAAAAAGGGAUUCCGCAGGCCCUCGGAAAAAAACCAGCACAUCAUGAGGCACCACAAGGAGGCCAUCAUGUGAUGUGUGAUCUCCAGAAGGAAUUUAGAAACUGUGAGAUGCUAAUUGAGG